UGAAAUUGUAAAUUUUACCAUUGACCAUGUACUGCAUUCUAGGACUUCCAUUUGCUAUUUAAAGAGCGGUAAUAGUGAUAAUUCAAACACAAGGGUGGGACUUUAUUGUGAAAAUGGAGAUAUAUCAUAGACAAAUAAUCCAAGUUUUAUAACCUCGUUGGAAAUUAAUAUUCAGUAAGAUCGUUGUGGCGGGAGUGUAGAUAUAUGCUGAAGGAGUCCCAAAAUGUAUUGCUAUCACAUUACUUAGUAAAACACAGAACCAUAACUCAAUUACGUGCACAGUUUAUUUACAACAAUUAGUGCAAAAAGAAAAAGUUUUUUACUCCGAGUUCUUGGUUGUCCAGAUGGAAAUACUGCUGCAGGUUGGACUUUUGGUUGCAAUUUUAAGCGCCGUUUAUACUUUUGCCUUAGAGAAAUCAGAUGAAGGACGUCCAUAUGAAUUCGGCUUUACGAUUGAUGGUCAGCAACAUAGACAUGAAAAGAAAGAUGAAAAGGGUAUUAUACAAGGCGAGUUUGGUUUUAUCACAGCAGAUGGAAUAUACCACGUAACAGUCUAUGCUACAGAUGAAAAUGGAAGCUUCAAAAUUUUAAGCAUGAGAAAUAUUCGGAUAAGUGCUCCACUGGACGGAUCACCAUUCAAAGGGGAAAUUUCCCCAGAAGCGACGAAAUAUCUUAAGAAGCCCAGUGCUUCUUUACCACAACCAAUACAGUCUCAGGAACCUAAUCCUAUAUCUUUACCUCAUUCAGUGCCCCAACCAGUUAUCAGCACUGCAAACGUAAAAAAUCAAAUUCAAUUUACUACGCAGCCUACAAUUAGACCGGCAUGUGCUAGUUGUGGGUUUAUAUCAACGCCGAAACCUGCACCAUUAGAAAAAUCUUUAAUUCCUACUCAGCGAUUUGCAGCAAAACAUAAUUUACCAAUUGUUCCCACCCAGUAUCAAAAUACUGCAAAUGUGUUAACGCCAUUUGACCCCGCCAAUAGUAGUGGAGGGAAAGAGGAUCAAAUUUUAAAUAACGUUGGAGGUCAAAAAGGCGAAAUUCCACAAAAUCGCUUUACGCAAGCAGAUCAAAUUGAUCGUGUCCAACCAAUUCAAGUUGUCAGCAAAGUCUCUCAAAAUGUAGACGUGUAUAAAUCGGCUGUUGGUCCACAAACAACGAACUAUAACAGUCCUAGCAUAAAAACGAGUUCAGAAGUUGGCCGAACUAGCAUCAGUGGAUCUGUUGGAGAUAGUGGAACCACUCAUCAAACCCCCAUAGGCCAACAAACUGGCUUAAAAAAAUCAGAAGAGCAAACAUACCCACACUCCGGAAAUUCGAAUGGCAACUAUAAAGUUAGUAACCAGAAUAGUCAAUUGGAAGGGGGUACGGAAAAAGUCCCUAUUAUUGGUGAUUCACUGGGUUUUCCUGCUGGUGAUCGUACAACGACUGGAAAAGAUGCAGUAACGAGUUUUCUAAAUGCGCAAGAACAUCCGGAUGCAAAUCCUCUGCAACUUGCCGUCAAUCCUGCGAAUGCAUUUGCCACGUUGCCUCCUGUUUCAGUUUCGGAAGGUGUUAUUCACGUAGGUGGAAACAACAAACAGGAUAUUCGUAUUAACGACAAAUUUCCGGGAAUGCAAGAUGGUCUACCGGCAGGAAUCGACGAAAAAGACAUCACAAACCUUUUGUACAAAUUUCAUUACACAGUAGGAUUUCACGGUCAUUACGAGAAAGGUCUUAAGGAUGGAACCAAAAUUGGAGGAUAUUUUGUGAAUGGUAGAGAUGGCAUAAGCAGGGUUGUUACGUACAUUGCGGAUGAGAAUGGUUACAGACCGAAAGUGAAGUUUAUUAAUUUGGGAUUGGAGUCCGAAGAUACACCUAAAGCUGCAACGGAGAAAACAUUUGGACUGAAGAGCUUCGAAUUCAUGUGGUACCCCUUAUAAUAAACGUAUUUUUAUCAA